AUGGACGCACAGGGGCCUGGGGCAAGCGCAGACCGCGCCCACCGCCCACACUGGACCCCACUCACACUCUCAGGCCGCACCUCGGCUGCGUCGUCGCUGCGAGCGAUGUUUUCUUCCGGCGCAGACACCCCAACAGGGCUGAAGACCCCGCGUACGCCGGGCCCACAGGCUGAGGACGCACCGAUCCUGGGAGCGGACGUAGAGCAGGGUCGCACGGACUAUGGGACGGCCAGACCACGAGGUGAGUCGCAGGCAGGCUCCAUACGACCAACCCUCCACCGACGGAGGACAUCGAACUGGGCAAAAGUAAAUUAUUAUGUUCCCUCUACCGCUUGGAUACCCGCAUAUUCGUGGACAUUACUGGGUGGCGACCUGCUCGGAGGGCUCACGGUCGCCUGCAUGCUGAUACCCCAAUCCGUCUCGUAUGCAACAUCUCUAGCAAGAUUAAGUCCCGUCACCGGCUUGUUCUCUGCAGCUAUCCCGGGCUUGAUAUAUGCGCUUUUUGGCACAUCAAGACAGCUCAAUGUAUCACCUGAAGCGUCACUCUCGCUCCUCAUUGGUCAAGCUAUCGAUGAAUUCCUGCACGACCCUCAUUUCGCGAAAUACGGGCGAGACGGAGUGGGCAUCGCGGUAUCGACCGUGGUCACCUUCCAGAUUGGAGUCAUCGCCCUUCUGCUGGGCCUAUUCCGCCUCGGCUUCAUGGACGUCGUCCUCAGCCGCGCGCUUCUUCGCGGGUUCGUCACCGCCGUCGCGAUCGUCAUCCUAGUGGAACAACUCAUACCCAUGUUUGGACUGACAGCGCUGCGAAACCAAUACCAAUUGCACACGACCCUCGACAAAUUGAUGUUCAUCGUUGAGAACGUGUGGACCCACUCGCACCAACUGACGAUGAUCAUCGGCUUCGGCGCUCUCCUGCUCCUCCUCGGCAUCCGCAGUCUUAAGGGCUUUUUCAAGCGCUACACCCUGAUCUAUCGUCUGCCGGAGGUCUUGUUGGUGGUGGUCUUCUCAACAAUCUUGUCGGACAAGCUUGACUGGGACCAGCAGGGAGUUGAGAUACUGGGGAGUGUUCCAGUCAACACGGGCAACCAUCUUGUACAGUUCCCGCUGACGCAGAUGACGUUGAAGUUCCUGCGGAGAACGACGUCCCUCUCCGUGGUCUGCGUCAUCGUCGGCUUCCUCGACAGUAUCGUCGCCGCAAAGCAGAAUGCAGGACUAUAUGGCUACAGCAUCAGCCCGAACCGAGAGCUCGUCGCGCUCGGCGCUGGUAAUCUCGUUGGCUCCUUCGUGCCAGGCACGCUGCCCGCCUUCGGGUCCAUCACGCGGUCAAAGAUCAACGGCGAGGUGGGCGCACGCACGCAGAUGUCGUCGAUGGUCUGCUCGAUAGUGGUCCUCCUCGCUGUGUUCUAUCUCAUGCCUUGGCUGUACUACCUCCCCAAAACCGUGCUCGGGGCUGUCAUCUGCCUAGUCGUGUUCUCGCUGCUGGCUGAGGUGCCUCACGACCUGAAGUUCUAUUGGCGUCUGCGGAGCUGGGUCGACCUAUCCCUCAUGGCGCUCACCUUCGCAUUGACUAUCUUCUGGGACCUGGAGAUGGGUAUCGCGGUCAGCCUCGUCAUAUCUUUGUUGCUGGUCAUACACAAGUCAUCCAAGCCACGCAUGACAAUACUGGGUCGUCUUCCCGGGACCGACGUGUGGAAGCCCGUUGACGAGAACCCGGAAGCGCAGGAAGACGCAGCCGGCGUGCUCAUAGUGAGGAUCAGGGAAAACCUUGACUUUGCCAAUACCGCACAAUUGAAAGAGCGCCUCCGUCGGCUAGAAUUGUACGGCGUCAGCAAGCAUCACCCGUCGGAUGAGCCGGAGCGUGAACACGCAAGCGUCCUCGUCUUCCACCUGGCAGAUGUUGACAGCAUAGAUGCAUCGGCUGCAAUGAUCUUCUACGAAUUGGUGGAGACCUACAAGAGCCGUGGGGUAGGGCUGUUCAUCACGCAUCUCAAGAAGGCACCUCGUGAGUUCUUCGAGCGGGCGGGUGUCAUCAAGCUCCUCGGGGAAGACGCCAUCUGCAAGGACGUUGCGAGCGCCAUGGUCCGUGUGGAAAAGCUUUCUCGGGAGCGAGCGGGCCCGCAGAGGUGGUAA